AUGACUUCCCUCCGGCCAAUGCCCAGCGUCCUGCUGGAGAAGCCAGCACAGCUCGUGAGUGGACAUGGGGACCCAGGCAGCCUCAGGCUGGAUGCUCCCAUGAAGGGCUGGCAGGCCCGGAAUGGCCACCCCAGGAGCCCCGAGGCCCUGUCUCAGGGGCUCCACCCCCUGGUACCCCUUCCCAUACCGGAGCCAGAGGCCAGCAGUGUGGCCCGAGACACCACCCAGAUCAAGGACAAGCUCAAGAAAAGGAGGCUCUCAGGGGGCUUGGCAGCGUCUUCCCAAGCCUCUCUGGAUCCGGGGGGAGGCCCCAGAGGAGUUCCCCUGGGGAGUGCCAUCCCCCGGGCCACCUCUCAGGGGCUGCUGGGGGUGCUCCGGCCAAUGCCUCCUAUCCAGAGCAUCCCCACCACCCCCGAGGCCAGCGGAGCCAAGGAGAAGAGUGUGGACCAGCCUGGGAGCAGCCAGGGGCCCCAGGAGAGGAGACCCGGUGUUCAGGAGGUGCGGCUCUCCUGGCGAUGCCUGCACCACAGUGACUGGAGGAUGCACAAGUCACUGGGGGGCACUGUGGUCCCGUCCAUCCCAAAGGUGGGGGUGCCCGCUGGGACCUCCUGCACACCUGGCUCUCUUCCCAGCCUCUUGCCUCCAGGCCAGGACGUCCUCGUGGGCCGGAGAGCCCCCCCCACACGAUUGGUUCGGGAGAGUGGGCCUCAGGAGAAGACCCCUAAAUCUCUGGAGCCAAAACCUUUGGCCCCACAUGUCAAAGACAGGCCUGCUGCCCCUGACAAGCCUGCUCUGCCUUCGUCUUCAUCAGCUCCUACGCUGACGUCCCUCUUCUUCGGCCAAGCCAAAGAAGCCCGCCCCUUGCUAAAAGAGGAGGACCAGAAGGAGAGCAGCACCAAGAUCCAGGUCACCAUCUCCAAGUCUGCCCAGGAGAAGAUGCGGCAGAAGAAGGAGGUGGAGACGGGGAGGGAGCUCGCGUCCCAGAGCCUGGCUGUCAGGAGGACCUUGAUGAAGGAAGGCCUUCUUCCCCUCCGGGGCAGGGGCACCCUGUCUGUGCCCACUGGGCUAAGCAGUCCACGCAGAAACCACAUCGGCGUUAUCCAGAGGAAGCGAGCCAACCGGGCCUCACUGCCCAGCAUCCCCGUCAGCAAGCAGGAGCCCAGCUUUGCCCGCCAUGCUUCAGCUAACUCAUUACCUGCGGUGCUAACUCUGGGGUCCCCUGAGUGGGAAGAAGAGGAGGAGGAGAUGGAUCUUCAAGCCUUUAAGGAGUUGAGGCCUUUCUCGAACCCAGAGCUGGGGUUGAUGGAUGCCCUGCAGUGCCUGGACAGCAGUGACUGGCACAAGAAGGAGAAGGGCCUGCUGAAUGUCCAGCGCCUGGCAGCCUGCCACUCGGACGUCCUCGCUGGGAGGCUGCACGACGUGUCCUUGGCCGUGACUGGGGAGGUCACCAACCUCCGCUCCAAGGUGUCCCGCUUGGCCAUCAGAACCCUGGGACACCUCUUCCGAGCCUUGAAGAAGAAUAUGGACCAGGAGGCGAAAGAGAUUGCCCGCUGUUUGCUGCAGAAGAUGGGCAACACCUGCGAGUUCAUCCAGAGAGCCGCCAACCGGUCCCUGGGGGCCAUGGUGGAGCAUGUGACCCCAGCCCGGUCCCUGGUGGCCCUCACCUCAGCCGGCAUCUACCACAGAAACCCCCUAGUCCGGAAAUGCACUGCCCAGCACCUCUCGGCUGUCCUGGAGCAGAUAGGCGCUGAGAAGCUUCUGUCGGGCACCAGGGACAGUACAGACAUGCUGCUGCACAACCUGGCGAGGCUGGCCCAGGACUCCAACCAGGACACCAGGUUUUAUGGGCGGAAGAUGGUGACCACCUUGAUGUCGAACACGAAGUUUGACGCAUUUCUGAAACAGUCCCUCCCAUCCCACGACCUGCGGAAGGUCAUGGCGGCCAUCAGACAGCGGGGACUAGAAGAUAGUGAUGAACUGCCAUCUGCCAAAGGCCGCAAGGUGUCCAGGAGUCUGGCACUGUGGGAGAACGGGCUGCCCGGUGAGGGCGGGCUCCGCUCCAAUGGCCCGAGGCUGGUGGGGCUGUGCUCUUCCAGGUGGGGUGGCUCGGAGUUGGCGGAGCAGCUCCGAGAGCUGGCGCGGCUGCUGGAGGCCAAGGACCCCCCGGCUCGGAUGGAAGGCGUGAGGCAGCUCCUUGAGCACUGCAAGGCCAGGCCGGAGCUCAUCGCCGCCAACCUGGCCCAGGUUUUUGAUGCUUUCACGCCGAGGCUUCAGGAUUCCAACAGGAAAGUGAACCAGUGGGCGCUGGAGGCCUUCACCAAGAUGGUUCCCCUCCUCGGAGAGAGCUUGCGCCCCAUGCUGCUCUCCCUCAUCAUCGCCAUUGCAGACAACCUCAACUCCAAGAACUCGGGGGUUUACGCCGCCGCCGUGUCUGCGCUGGACGCAGUGAUUGAGAGUCUGGACAACCUUUGCCUCCUGCAGGCGUUUGCGGGGCGGGUGCGCUUCCUGAGUGGCCGUGCUUUGCUGGAUGUCACAGACCGUCUGUCAGUGCUGGUGGCCGCCGUGUACCCCCGAAAGCCCCAGGCCGUGGAGCGCCACGUGCUUCCGGUCCUCUGGUACUUCCUGGACAACAUGACCGGGAAUGGGGUCCUGCCCGGGCACAGCGGGAACGUCCGCACGGUGGUGUGUCGGCUGUCCAGGCGCCUCCAGGAGCAGAUGGGCUCCCGGCUGCAGGAGCUGGCCGCCGGACAGCCACAGCAAGUCCUCAAAACCCUCCAGCAACUCUUAGACACGGGACCCGGGGAGGCGGCCCCGAGACCGCCGGAGGGCUGGCCCCCCAAAGCCGCACUGCCCUCGGGCGGCUCUCGCCCCCUUCAGCCCGAUGAGAGGCACAUCUGA